AUCGGAAUAAUUCCGAGCAAGUACUGCAUUUAGUCUUAUUGUAGCUGAUAAAGGCCAUAUAGUAGUGGACGUCCACACUUCGGAUGUUGAUCUCCUUUCUCCGCCUUCUGCCCCCCCUCCUUUGUUUGCAUCGGAUUACUCCUCCACACCUUCACUUUUUUGGGCCCAUUCACUCCCUCGGACUUUUGAAAUACCUCUAUUGCACAGCUCCUUCGACGCUAGCGAUCCGAUGUAACUACUGUUAGUGACUCCGCGACACGUUUCCUGAGUUAUAGAGGGGAGUCCACCCCUUUAUUACCCUCAUUCGGCCCAUUCGACUCGAUCAGGGAUCAUGGAUCGCGGCCUCUGACGCCCAGAUCGAUGAGUCUCAACUUUGACCCAUCAAAUCUCAGCUACAAACAGUACCACUAUAUUUUCUAUCGAUAAGAAGAGUCUUCGAGCCUCUCAGCCUCCGCUUCCUCUCGACACCUCGUCUCCUCACCCUCCUACCUAGCUUACUCCCCCUGCCGCCGCGCGUACACCUUCGCAUCAAGAUUUCGUCAUGGUGUCCGAAGAACUCCUUGAGAAGUCGCUGGAGAUCCUGCAGGACCAGGCCCUCGACGAAGAAGAGCAGGUAGAGAAGGUUGAAGAGUUUUUGCGCGCCAACUCCUCGCUGUCGGGUUCGUCCCUGGAGAACGCCGUCCUGGACAUAUUAUGGCGGCAUCGCAAUCGCACCCUACCCGACUCCUCCCCUCCUCCGGCUCGCCAUACGGUGAUCCGCCGUUCAUCGCCCGCACCAUGGCAGAUGGCUCGCGCUUCAACGCCGCUAUCGCCUCAACCAACACUAGGAACCAGUCCGGGGAGUACCUCGUGGGUACAGAACUCGCGCGGGGCAUUCUCCCGAGCUCCACGUUCCUCGGCUGGCUCCCCGUUUACCUCUCCACGACCAUCGCCCCGCCUUGCUCUUGCGCAACCUAUUCCACACUCUCCGAACUUGAAUGCAUAUGAAUUUUCUGAUCAAAGCCAACUUUCCAAUUUCUAUGAUGAUUUGGGCAGUGAUAGCAACGUGGAUUGGUUGGUCGGUGACGAUGCGAGAAGUACAACCUCGUCUAUCGGGGGCCUCAGUGUCCCUGGGUCCUUGAGUGCGACUGCUGCAGAGUUUGUUCCGGACAUGAGUCCACAUGAUAUUUUGCGCACCGUAUUGGGAGAUAAAAGAACCAACGAUGAAAUUGAAACUGCCUUGGAAGCGAACAGUUAUGACCUCGGCGCUACCAUUGCCGCACUCUCGCAAGACUCGGAGGCCGAUACCGUGUUGAAGCAAACCGAGGAUGCACGCGUGCUGGUUGGAAAAUCGAUGGCCAUGGAGCAAAUUCGUCCUGUGACGCCCUUAGGCAACGGUCGCAGUCCAGUAGUUUGCAAGUACUGGCUGUCUACUGGCCAGUGCCUGAGGGCUGACUGUCGAUUCAGCCAUGACCUCACGAGCCAUGUGUGCAAAUAUUGGGUGAUGGGUAACUGCCUAGCAGGAGAUGGCUGCCCCUUCUCUCAUGAUCCCUCGGCCCUGAUUUCAAACCUCAGCGUCUCAAGCAAUAGCCGCCCGGUUUCUCCAGCACCCAGUUCUCUAUUUCAGGUGGACAGUAACUCCGAUGCAUUCCCGCCGCUCUCAUCAACUGGCAUGGAUGAUCAGUGGGCAAAUCAAUACAAUAACCGCUAUCCUGGCCUUGGUUCGCAAGCCAAGAUUAUUCCCCCAGGACUUCACCCUGGGAUGGGAAGACGCAAUGGCAGUAUGACCCACCUUGGACGGCCAAACUCUCGCCCAACCAGUCGCCACCAGAACCGGCCGGAGCUCAACUCUGCUGCUUUGUCUGUUGACGAUCCAGAUGCCUUCCCGACGCUUGCCGCUGUGAGUGCAAAGAAUGCUGGAAAGAAGCACCACGGUAAACGGGGUGCUCAUAAUGGGGCCAAAGAGACUAUCCCCUCUUCACUUGCGGAUGUCGUUCGUAUGUCCCCCUCGCCUGGCCCCAAUAAAGGGAAAAAUGCCCCGAAGAAUCCCAAGGACACGAAGGGUCGUGAGAACAGUGCCGCAGCCAUGGCCAUUCCCCCGCCGCAAAACAUUCCUUGGCUCGAGACGGGCGCGCGGGCAAACCAGCAAUACAUCAAGUAUCGCACAGAGGCUAUUCGCCAUGGGACUGUGCGCAACAAGUUCCUGCAAAGUGCUGCCCAAGCUUGGAACCGAAGUGAUGCACGAGCUGCCAAGGCGCUUUCCCUCCGUGGACAAGCAGAGAAUGAUGCCAUGCGCCGCUGCCACCGAGAAGCGGCACGCCAAUUGUACGAAGAGCGCAAUCAACACUUGCUCCAGGCAGGCCUGGAUGGGGCUUCGGAAGAGCUCUACGUUGAUUUACACGGUCUGCAUCCUGAAGAAGCGAUCGAAUACCUCGAGAAAAUCCUGCUGAAGCAUGCUCGGGAGGGUAUACCCGUGGUAUACGCUAUCACCGGCACGGGACACCAUUCCAAAAACGGCAAAGACAAAAUCGGCAAGGCUGUCAAAGCCUGGCUUAACGAAUGGCGCUACUUGUUCCGCGAAUUCAGCGUGCCCGGUGAGCGGGGUGGUUACGUUGGUGGUAUACUGGGCAUCGACCCGUCCAGCUAUGACAAGCUUCUGGCCAAGGCCCUGGCAGAGAGCGAUGAUGUACCGGCUGAUGGAGGCCAGCCCACCCUCACGAUGGGCAAGAUCCAGUUGCUCAGACGGGAGGAUUUAGAAACGAAGAACUGAUGACCCCUUUUGGUGUAAUCUGGGAUUACAUGAUGUGGCAACGAUACCCAUCGCAUUUGCAUGAUGAAGCUCUCCUAUUACCCAGCCUGCUUAAGAAAUAGAUCUUUGGUCCUGGUUUUUCUUGUAAUCCCUUCUUUCUUGGUCAUGCUAUGUAGUUUGAGAAUGGGGAGAAAUAGGCCUGUUAUCAGUUGCAGGUGACAAAGAUAUAAGAAGCUAGGCCGGAGAAUAACUAGGUGCUGCCAUAUCCAAGUGGACAUGAAGUACAUACUCCUCCAGACGAAACAAUAUCUACA